AUGCGUCACCCUACAAGACGUCGAGAACCUCGGAGCCACAACCGCCCCAUCAAACCAGAUCCCGAUUCUUCUGCAAAUAAUUAUUACCCAGAUCCAGAAACUCACAACUUUGGCGCGCCUCCUACACCUUCAGCUGCUUCUAGCUACGGAGGCAGCACAACUCACAUCCCUCCUGACCAGGCCUUCUAUAGGCAAGGCAGAUCAGAUGCCCCGGCCCCAAGUGAACGCACCACUGAGCCUGAACCUCUAUUAAGAGAGCUCAGGAUGCGCCCCAACGCUGCGGCUGACAGUCCAACCAGCAUCCCGGUGGAUGGGAGCUUCUUCCAGACUUCUUUCCAGGACAUUGGAAAGAAACUAAAAGCAUGCAACGAUACACUGGGCGAGCUCCAACAGCUUGGGGUGUCUCAUGAUGUUCCGCUCCCUGAACUUGUGCUCGUCGGUGACCAGUCUGCCGGCAAAUCCAGUCUCAUGUCAGGUCUCGCUAACCUAGAGCUCCCGCGAAGUGAAGGCACUUGCACACGCUGUCCCCUUCACAUCAGGGUCUCUCGGAGCCACGACCCAUCUUGUCGAGUAUGGCUACGCAAGGAAUAUUCCUACCAGCCUCCGCCUGGUGGUCGGAUCUCUGAGAGCGACGUCACCAACAGCGACCCUUUCUUUCCCUGGCGCAAGCGAGUGGCUGCAAUCCAUGAGUUCAAGACCAUGAUCGAUCAUAGUGAAAUCGAGGAGGUUCUUCGGUGGGCUCAGAUCGCUAUUCUCAACGACGAUAAAAGUCCCGAACUAUUCGUCCCAGGUUCCGGUUCCAUAGCCGUCAAUGUUCCCAUUGACGAGGCAGCCGAAACUGUCGCAGCCAAAUUUUCACCCAACAUUGUUGCUCUCGAAAUCAAGGGUCCUGAACUCCCAGACCUUUCUUUUUACGACAUGCCUGGAAUUUUCCAAAACCCUGCAGAUGCGAGUGAUGACUAUCUGGUCAGUGUUGUCAGAAACCUGUCCAGGGAAUAUAUCCAGCAUCCCUCAGCAAUCAUCAUGUGCUCUAUGCCUAUGAAUAGCGACGCCGAGAACUCAUCGACUUUUGGCUUGGUUCGCAGACUGGGUGCUCUUAAUCGUACAAUCGGUGUAUUGACCAAGGCCGACUUGAUUCCAGAGGGUGGCAACCAUGAACAGUGGCUCGCCAUCAUGAGGGGGCAAGCCCACAUCACUGGUCUCGGCUACUUUAUAACUUCUCGUCCUCAAGGGAAAGAUCUAGACGAACUCAAGAAGUGGGAGGAGCUUGUCUUUGUUGAACACAAUAUGGAGCGAUGGCCCGCCACUUUCCACGGCUUCUCUGAACGCUGUGGAGUUGAGAAGUUGAAAGCAUUUCUGUCAGAAAAGCUUGGUCAAGAAUUUGCAAAAAGUCUACCCCGGAUCAAACAAACACUUAGACAUCACCUGGACAGCAUUGUCGAGCAAUUGUCUAAGCUGCCCGAGUUGCCUUCUAAUGUCGAACUUGAAGUGCAAACCAGCGUGAUGGAGUUCGGCGAGCAGGCUCGAUCACAAUUGAAGCCUUCGGAAUUUUCGAAAGAAUUUGUUCCACUGCCAGAGAACUUUCGCGAUUGUCUUCUGGAAAUGAAACCAAAAUUCACACUCAGAGAUAGCAGCGACAUCCCCGUUGUGGAUAUCUCUGACGACGAGUCAGAUGCUGGGUCAGUGGUCACAGUCACGAACCCAAACACACCCAGCAAGCGACGAACAAUGGCGCCGCCAAUCACACCGUCGAAACGUAUGCGCAUGGAACAGGCACCUGCUGGGACGCCCUCUCGUCCGCAAUUGAAACCCGAAGAAAGUAGAGCUACCGCAGGGUCGGCGUCCCCUGCCCCGCGUCGACAAGGGUUUCCACAUCCCUUUACUCCUUUCAGUAACGUUGGAAGAGGGUUCAGAACACUUCGCCAGGUGCGAGAUGAGAUCAAGGCCAAAACCAGAGCCGGUGUUCCAGAUAUUAUCACGGAGGAGGUGUACAAUGACAUGUGUCGUGAGGCGAUCGAACCUUGGUCGGGGCCAAUGAAAGCAUUCCUUGAUAAGGUCAUGAGCCUGCUGCAUACUAUGCUUGAGAAAGCCCUUGCUUACUCGUUCGCUCGGCUCAACAAACGACUGAUCUAUCAAGAGUGCCAGAAGAUUUUGGCAGAUUAUCUUGAGGACCGUCGCCGCGAGACCAUGAGCGCACUCGAAAGUGUAUAUCGACUCGAAACAUAUGGUCUGUUCACUGUCAAUCAAGAAGCGUUCCGCAGAUACCAGAAGGACGAGCAAAUUCUGCUGACAAGAUAUCGCCACCAGAUGCGCAUGCAGGCUGCAGGAUACGGAGAUGGCCGGCCUCCUGUUCCCUGGGAGAGUCUCACAGAGGACAAGCGAGUGCUCGACGAGAAGCGGCGCGAAAACGAGAUGACCAAGCUUGGGCCUGACUCUUUCGAGCGGGAGCUUGAAGUGGUAGCAUACGUUAGAGGCUACUACCGCCUUGCAGCACUGAGGUUCGCGGAUGCGAUAGCAUUGCACGUCACGAAUGGCAUGAUCCCUUUGAUCCAGCGACAACUCCCCUACCAUCUCGACAGAAAACUAGGUCUUGGUGGAGCCGACUCUCAGAGUAUCUACGAGAGGCUUAUGGAAGAGGAUCCGACCACGGCCGCUAAACGAGGGGUCCUCCGGGGGGAGCGCGAGAAAUUUGUGAGGGCUUUGGACAGCAUUGAGGAGCUGGAGCGCGGAGCUGGAAGCAGCACCAUCUCGGAAGAGGAUCGCAACGACAACGACGAUGACGAUGACAUGGUUGAUCUACCCCUUAUGAGCGGUGCUCUUCCGGCCGAAGAAAUCUAA